AUGUCGUCUGAUUCAUCCGAUGACUUUUGCAGAAAAAGGCGCGUAAGCCUUCGAAGUUCACCAGAUGUAUACCCCCAUGCCUGGCGCACAAAUGCUACCGCAGAAGAACUCAGGAGGAUGUAUGGGCACCUGCCAAAUGGAGGAAGAGUCCAGGGAGUGAAGACCCUUGCAGGAAGGUUGGUGGCACAGCGUGACUUUGGAAAGCUCAGAUUCAUGGUCGUUGUCAAUGAAAGCACUUCAAUCCAGAUAGUUUGUGACAGCUCUACUUUGAUCGAUUCCACUCGGAUCAAUCGCAAUGAUGUUGUUGGCGUCGAGGGCGAAGUGGGGAAAACUCGCAAAGGCGAGCUCUCAGUGUUCGCUACAAAGCUGCAAUUGUUGGCCCCAUGUUGGCACAACCUCCCGGUACAGCAAUCCAAAUUGGAUCCGGUAUUGAAAUGCCGCAGAAGGUAUUUGGAUUUGAUGACAAAUGUUUCUUCUCAGCUGAAGUUCAAGAAGCGAGCUGAGAUCAUCACCUCCAUCCGGAAGUAUUUGAAACAGCGAGGCUUCCACGAAGUCGAAACCCCUAUUCUUUGUACUACCGGUGUUGCCAGCGCACAGGCUGUCAAGACGAGAUCGAAUGAGCUGAACAUGGACUUGUCACUCAGAACUGAGCCGGAAGUGUUUUUGAAGAUGCUCCUGGUCGGUGGAUUUGAUCGGAUUUUUGAGCUGGGCCGCUGCUUCCGCAACGCAUCUGUGGAUGCAGAUCCCGAGCACACAACUUGUGAGCUCUACAUGGCUUACCAUGACUACAACGAUCUCAUGUGCCUUGUGGAGGACUUAUUCUCCAGCCUUGUCCUUCACUUCAAUGGAAGCUACCAGCUGGAGUAUCACCCUGAUGGAUGUGGAGACUCACAUCUUCCAGUGCUCUUGGAUUUCACUCCUCCAUGGCCUCGAGUCUCCAUUGUCGAAGAGGUUGAGGGUUUGGCAGAAAGGCAGAUCCCACGUGAUUUCAACUCGGAGGAAUGCAACGAAGUUCUGGAGGAUAUUGCCUUUACAAACAAUGUGCAGUGUUCAGAGCCACGCACACCGCACCGCUUGUUGAAGAAGCUCUUUGAGAGCAUGAAGUUGCACCAUUUGCUCAAUCCAACCUUUGUUAUUGAUCCACCCAUGGAAGCUUCAAUGGCCAAAGAGCACCGUAGCAAGCAAGGCCGAGCAGAACGCUUUGAUUUAAUCAUAUCAGGAAAAGAGAUUAGCAAUGGCUACUCUGAGCAGAACGAUCCACAUGCUCAGCGAGCGGCUUUUGAUCAACUGAAGGAGGUGGGCGUCGAGGAUUUUUUGGAUGCCCUUGAGCACGGGCUUCCACCUUCUGCUGGCCUGGGUUUCAGUGUUGACCGCUUGAUCAUGCUUCUUGUGAAUGCGAACCAAAUGAAGGAGGUGAUAUUGUUCCCGCACAUCAAUCAGAGGGUGACAGGAGGCUGCUCGGAGUAUUACUUUCCACCAAAAGUGCCGCAAGAGCGCCUUGCAGAGCUUGUGGAAGCUGACAUGCCCUUUGUGAUCUCGCCAUGCUCACAGGUCUCUAUCGACCCGCAGGUGUUCCAUGUUUUGCCGGGCUUGCAGGUCCUGCUAGCCUGAGCCUCAACUUGCUGUUCACUUAUGCCGCUUGUUCCAUGUUUUGGAUGUUUGCGCAACCUUGCAAGACUCCUCACACUCCUUGGCUCCUGGUUUUUGUAAACGUGUUGUUGUAGCUCUUUGUUUUCAGUUUGCUCAAGAUCUUCAGUAUUCAUAGCUCAGCCUCCUGCCAGCGCACACACACUUUGCAGUUGACUCAAUUCCCACGUUGAGAAGGAAGGUGAAGGAACGGCAUGGUGAAAGGU